CGUGCCAGCCACGCAGCCACGAGUCCCGGCUGUCACGGGUCCAGCUGUUAGAUCAGGCGUCAAGUUGGCGCCGACCUGUCAUCGGGAAGACGCAUCUCGUGAAAGCGUCCCGUGAUAUUUUAUCGAGACGACGAGAGCUGAUCGUCAUCGUUCAAUGUCACCGAUCGAUUGAGCUAUCGUAAGAUCCAUCAACUCUCAUCCGAAGGAACUCGAGAAUCGCUGGAAUAACCGCGUGUCAUCAGAAGCGGGGGCGGAAUCAAUUAAUGUCUCGCGCGCUGCGUAAAUAGGCCGAUCUGCGCAUCGACGACGGUACCCAUAAAUUCGCACGUAGCGAGCAAAUAUUGCACAGCUGACAGCCGGUCGGAAGGCGGGAAGGUUAGAACAGCUGCACCUGUUAUCUGUCACGAACUGUCAUCUAAAAUUGGAGCCGAGCGUCUUUCAUUGAGGAAGACGGACGUCUUUUAAAUUUUCGGAAUUUCUUCUGUGGAACGUCCUCGCGGAGAGCGAUCUUACGAGGGUUUGCCGCCUCUUAAACAAAUUCAACGAGCGAGCCUGUUGGGUCAAUUUGUGCCACUUCACGCGGCGUCGCGGGGAGAUCGGCUCGCUUGGUGUUCCCUCUCUCUUUCUUUCCUCCGUCGACGAGACGUCGAAAGUUGACUGACCGACGUGACUCACGAGAUCACAAGUCAUUCUCGAGUUGUGGAGAUUGUCGCGUCGUGUGAUCGUAGGUGCGCUCCUCGCGGCACCACCGAGAAAACGUCAUCGAUAUCUCAUUAUUAACACAUCACCGAUCGCAUCAUAUGAUACACAUAGUCGGAAUUAAAUUACAGAAAAACCUCAACCUUGACAUCUGUCAUCCUUAACGCGAGUUAAUCGAAUCAAGAUUAAUCGAAGUCGGGAAAGGGAAUCAAAGUGAGCUUUCCCAGGGAGUACUGCACAUUUUAAUUGAACGUCGAUUACAUCGAUUAAUCUUAAAAGAGGGAGCUUCCACGAUGAAGCUGUUGUGUUAAAAAUCCCUCCUGUUGCAAUAAAUAUUACGAGUUAUAAUCGAUCGAAAUCGCUUAAUCCUUCCUCGAGAAGACAUCGGGGGCGGUCUUGGUGCGCGCUAGCCUUAUAUUUUCGACAGUCAGGAUUAAGUGCCCGAGGACGGGGGCUGUUAAGAGAGACGGUCACGUGCCACCUGUUACGAACCGAUCCGCAGUGCGGAAGAAUCGCGAGUCCCCGUCGCGGAUCAGCGUGUCGGGCGUCAGGCGGUCGCAGGAGAAUGCGAGUCCGGGCGACGACGCGUUCCUGGCUGAUCCUGGCGGUAGAAUGUUGACGGCCCGAUCGGGGCCUCUCGGGCUCGGCGUACCGCGAACCCUGGGGCCCGCAGAAGGAAGCGAUCAUCUCUUCCUGCUGCCAGAACGUGCGCUCAUCAUGGACAGUACCCACCUGCGACAGGACCUGGCCGGUCUCGACUUUAACCUGCACCUGAAUCUGCUGCACACCGCGCCCCGCGGAAACGUCUGGCUAUGUGAGUACCCCGUCAUAAAGAGCCGCUAUAUGCAUCAUCCGGAUAAUCGCGGUGAGUAUUCGAUGACGUUAACAGAAGCCUCUUACUAUUUUUCUGCGGCGUCAGCUGGAGCCGCUCCUGAGGAAACUAACCAAAGGUCCAGUUCUGCACACAAUCGCCACUCUCUCACGAAGGAACAAACAAUGCACUGGUUCGCGCAGAUCGGCGGUGACCAAGAUUCCCUCGCUUUGUCAGAUGUGAAGCGCCGGCGAAGUCUCUACGAUGAAGAUUCCCUCGACGGCGAUCGUCCUUAUGAGAAUGAAGGACGGGAGUCGACGGGAAGCUCGAAGGAGUUGGACAGGGCGAAGCUUGUCCGUGAGAGGCAGAACGAGGAGCGGCAGCGGAAGUUGGAGGAGCUCAGGCAACAGGCCCUCGCCGCGCAACGUUUCCGCGAGCAACGUGAAGAGGAACGACGAAGACGCAUCGACGAGCUCCGAUCGCGUGACAACGACAGACGAAAUCAAGUGGAGGAGAGAAAACGGCUGAUAUGCGAGGCGGAACGAGAAAGACGGGAAGCGAUCCUUCGCAAGAAUCAGGAAAGAGAGGCGCGUAUCGAGGCAAAGAGGAAGAACGAAAGAUCUCACAUUGUCUUCGCGUUCGGUAGCUCCACACCACGAAUGCUGGAACCCGCCGACACUGGCGGCUCCACUUUCUGGGGCACUCGUAGGGCUACUUCUACUACCAAUGUCAUGAUGUUCUCUGCGGCGCAACCUCUCACUAGGAGGUCCUCCGAGAGGGAGCUUGACGGCAGCAAAAAACGGGCCACUUCCGCCGGCGGACUCGAUCGGAAGCCCGGCGAAGAUAUGAGAAUGUCCUCGUCCAUGUACGAGGUGUUCAAUUGGAAUUCUAGCCCCGAUCCUCCCUUAACUCCUGCCAAGCAUAAGAGAGCCAGCCUCUCUCUGCCCCCCACAACCGACAUCUUUGCCGUCGAUGAUAAGUCUGAUAGCGACGCUAGGCGUCCCAUGAUUCAGCGGGCUGCCAGUGGUGAGGAUAGCGAUGGCGGCACACCCAGCACUCCGACCUCGGUUUACCUACGAGUGAACAGGCGACGCACCGAUCUGAUGCCGACGAUACCGUCCCCGCGCGACGGCCCGCCGUCGACGGCACGCAGUUUCAGCGCCAAGGCCUUCACGCGCUCGCCAGGUAGGACUUACUCCAUGUCCAGGCUGGAUCAGCUGGCACAGCCUAGGAAACGCGCGACCGAGCAACUCGGCACGCUCGCGGAGCAGCGGCAGCAGAGCCAGCCUCUGCAGGGCGCUUCUAGCAUGAGCCGCAGCAUGUCGCACUUGGCCGCGCCCGGAAGCACCAAGAGCCUCAAGCGUUCCGAUAAUUCGCGUAGCAUGGGCACGCUGCCGGGCGCGGCGCCAAUGCCCAGACCCACCCGCGCCGAGAGACUCCGCCGCAAGGCCCGCGAGCACCAACAGGCCCAGCAAGGUAUCCGCAGCGGCGAAGUGACGCCCAACAGCCCAUCCCGGCCGCACAGCUCCAUGAGUCAGCAGAGCGCCAGCAGCGUGGGCAGCAGUAACGUCAAUCUGCGUAUCCGCACGGCCGCGUCGCGCCGACCGCGGCCCGCUUCUAUUGCCGGUACCGGUGUCUCGAUCACAGAGAAACACAAUCUAGUGGGCGACGUGAAACUAACGAAGGAUUCAAAGCCACCACUGCCAAAGGUCCAUAGCACUCCAAAGAAACCUUCUAUACCCAAAGUAACAGAGAUAAAAAAACCGACGGAGAAAUUAAUCAAGAACGCCAAGUCAUCACCGCGAAUAACUCCGAAGGCGACACCUUUGCAAAGUCCCGGAGUUGAGCAUGCACCGCUCAUCCGCGAAACAACCGCAGAGAUCAUAAAACAGAAUGAGGAUAAGGAGGCGCAUGAUGUGAAAUUGGAGGAUAAGAACGAGGAGAAGAAGGAUCAAGGCACCGAGAAGACGCAGGAAGCAAAUGUUGCUGAAUCUACGAUUAACGACACGAAGGUAACGAUGGAGCCUGUGUCAACAAGCAAACAAGUCAAAGAUGAAACUAAUUUAAUGCAAGAAAAUCUGUCAGAUGUUAUUAUGGAAGAACCACCGAAAAUUGUUAAAAAGGAAGAAAAUAAGCAGGAAAAGAAACCGACAGAGACGAUUGAAACCAAGCCCGAGAGUGAAAUGGAUGAACAGGUUGAUAUGUCAGCUUCGAUGAUCGCGAAAAUUAGAAUCACUACCGAAGAGGAAGCUAAAGCAGCUUUGGCCGAACGUAGAAGAUUAGCGCGAGAACAAGCGGAACGAGAGGCGGAAUUAGAACGCCAACGACAGGAAGAAGAAGCGCGUCUAGAAGCUGAAAGAUUGCGCGCAGAAGAGGAGGAGCAACGUCGCCUAGAGGAAGAGACUAUACGUUUAGCUAAUGAAGCUCGAAAGGCAGAAGAACAGCGAUUGCAAUUGGCAAUCGAAGAAGCUAAGCGUCGUGAAGAGGAAGACAGACGAAAAAGAGAAGAGGAAGCUCGUCAAAAACAAGAAAAAGAAGAAGCAGAACGCAAAGCAAGAGAAGAGGCAGAAAAACAACGAAUUGAGAUGGCUGAGAGGCUUAAAAAAGAGGAAGAGGAGCGCAAUGCUAGACGCAAACGAGUUGAGGCGAUUAUGCUUAGAACGAGAGGCAGAAAUCAAUCCAACACACCUAAGGGAGAAGGUGGUGAUGGUGAUAAGUUGAAGGAAGAUAGUCCUAACGACGAGAGCAAACCGGUGCUAGGCGGCAAAGGUGACGACAUCAUGACAGCCAGUUUAAUUUCCGAGGCGACUCAGCAGUUUAUUAGCGGUGAACAACGUGCGCAUCACACAGAAAACAACCUGCCUGCGCCGGAUAUAGUGCACAAUGGCACGACGCAUAGCAACGGCAUUAAUGAAAACAAAAUUGUAUUGGAUAAUAAUCAGGGUAACGUUGAAGGAGAGUUGAAUGGUCAUCAUACGAAUCACGGAAACGAUAUCAACAGUCAAUCAAUUACGCUGGACAAUGCUACUGUCAAGCAAAACAACGUGACCAACCUGUUAGACCUGUCGAGCUUCGAUACUCUGAGUAAUAACAGUAGCGGCUACAAUACUGAGUCGAUACUAGAACUGACACCUAAUUUGGCAAACGAAGAUACCCUCAACUCCAAUCUAAAUCCGACGGCGAUGCCGUUUACUCCAAUGGGUUUUGUACCCGCCGCUGCUAACGCCAACAUCAAUCCGUUCCAAGACAAUUUCAUAAACAAGCCACAGGACAACAAUCAAGUACCAGAUCUACUCUCAUAAAGUGUCUCUUAAACGUUCCCGGACAAAUGGAGGAGAAGCAGGUGGUUAAUCGGUAACCAAAUUGCUUGUGACGAGCGAUAGCUAUACACAAAACGAGAUCGUUUCUAAUAGUGUAAAUAAUGGCUGUCGCGUGCGAUGUAUCGUGUGAGGAAAGGAUAUCUAAGAGGAGCGAAAAAGGACGCCAUAUCGGAUAAAGGCCUUCCCCGGGCUUCACGUAUCGAGUUUUGAGCGUCCUAAUCGGGAAAAUAAAAGUGUAAAAUAAUAUAUAAUAUUAAUUAAUUAUUAUAUUAUGCAACAGCAAAAGUGGACACUCAAUCUGUGUGUCGUAGUACGCUAUUAGGUAAACAGGUAACUUUUGAAAGGACCUUUGGAAGGGGUUGAGGCCUAUUUGUAACACAUUAUUUUCGAAUACACAGACAUAUUACACAAUAA